GCGCCUGACUUCAGAGAUAUCGUUGGUUUUCUCUCCUUCCUCAUUCCUUCUUACAGAGAAACUGAUUUCAACAACAAACAAGAAAGAUAUGGCGAAUGGCAACGUCGUCAUCCUCGACGGGGGCUCGGCCACAGAACUUGAACGAUUGGGAGAAACGUCCAUCAAUGAGGACCCGUUAUGGUCUGCUCGAUUAAUUCUUUCCAAUCCGGAACUUAUCAAACAAGCCCACAAGAAUUUCAUCGAAGCUGGAUCUGAUUUGGUUGUCACGGCAACAUACCAAGCUUCGGUGGCUGGCUUCUGUCAGGAGCUCCACAUUACUGAGAACGAGGCUGUCCAUCUGAUGGCUGAAGGCACAAAGAUAGCGAGGGAUGCGUGGCAGGAAGUUUCAGAGAGCACACGUGCAGGGAGAAAGUGCUGGGUGGCUGGUUCCGUGGGACCCUAUGGAGCCUUUCUACACGACGGAUCAGAGUACACGGGUGCAUACAUGGACAAAAUGUCUAGAGAGGACCUCACUGAAUGGCAUCGCCCUCGUGUCAAAGCUCUAUUGGACAGCAAGGUAGACAUCCUUGCCAUAGAGACAAUUCCGGCCACAGAAGAGGCUGACGCAGUGCUGGACGUCCUCCAGGACUUUCCCGAGGCCAAAGCAUGGGUGACAUUUACCUGUAAGGACGGAUGCAGCACUUGUCACGGAGAUAUCUUCUCAGACGCCAUCGAGGCCGUUGCUAAGCGAAAAGGCGUCGAAGCUGUGGGUGUGAACUGUACUGACCCUCAAUACAUAUCACCGCUUCUAAAAAGUAUACAGCACCUAAAUCUCCAGAUACCAAUCAUUGUCAAACCUAACAGCGGUGAAGACUGGGAAAGGGGAAAAGGCUUCUAUAAUAGAGAAAAGUGUGUACCGGUGGUCUCAUUGGUAACUGAGUGGAGGGAACUUGGUGCUACAUGGAUCGGAGGAUGCUGUCGGAUAUUUCCGUCAGAGAUCGCCGACAUUAAAAAGAAACUACAAACCUGAACAAUUGUUGAUUAUUUCUAUGACGACGUCAUGUUUGAGGUGUAGUAAAAUGUCAUACCAAUAAAACUGUUUAUUAUAGUGAA